UAACAUAAGGAGAGUGGAGUAGAGGGAAAACAAGAAACGGUUGCCAAACCGACCAUCAAAGAAAUUAAGAAAGGGGAAGUCUGAUAAAAGAGUAUUUGCAGUUGCCAAACUUCCUAAAUUCCCUCCCUUUACUCGUCUUUCUUGUUAUUCUUCUUCUUCUUCCUUUUCCCACUUUCUUCUCUGUUUAUUCUUUCAUCAUUAGAUUCCUCCACCAUUAUCAACCCAUCUCUUUAAUUUUUCUUUUUUCUUAAAAAAUCUCUCUUUUUCCUCUGUUGAACCCCUUUUUUUUUCCCAGUUGUUUUCUUGGUUUUUUUGGUUAUGUUUUGGAGUCGAAAGCGUUCUACUAUGAACCCAAAACCUGCUGUUUCUACUUCUGCUAGGCACAUCAAGAUAUUGGAGGGGCUUCUUAAGUUACCAGAAAAUAAGAAGUGUGCUGAUUGCAGAAGCAAAGCUCCUAGAUGGGCCAGCAUCAAUCUUGGGAUAUUUAUAUGCCUGCAAUGUUCCGGAAUUCAUCGGAGUCUUGGAGUACAUAUAUCUAAGGUGCGAUCUACCACUCUAGACACAUGGCUCCCGGAGCAGGUUGCCUUAAUGCAAGCUGUGGGAAAUGACAAAUCCAAUGCCUACUGGGAAGCGGAGUUGCCUGUGAACUAUGAUAGUAAUCAAAUUGAAAAUUUCAUACAUGCAAAGUAUGUUGAAAAAAGAUGGAUUCCAAGAAAUUCGAAGGCCAAGCUAAUUUCAAGCUCUAGUUCUAAAGAACAGCUAACUUUUAGUCGCUCAACAAGGCGCUUUGGCGCCAUUGCAGAAUGGACUAACAACCAACAUAUAUGCAAAGAGAGAAGAGAUUGCUCAACGGCUGAAAGAGACAGGGCAAGCUCAAGUCCUAGCAAUACUGAAGAUUUAACAGGCAAUAAAAAUGAACAUCAACAUCAACAGCAGGAAAAGAAUGAGAACUGUCAACCAUCUAUGAAAUUUUCUCUUAAACCGAAAAGUGUUAAUGGCAAACCUACAGAACCAGCACAAGUCAUCCCUAGAAUACUCCCUAAUGCCAGCUUGUGGAAGUCAGAACAAGAACAAUUGAAAAUCAAAUCGUCAACUGCUAAUGCCAUGACUGCUGUCCCUUUUUCGAAAGCUGAUUCUGAAUGUUUCAUAACACUAUGCAUGGAUGAUUCUUCCGACAAUGACUCGAGUUUUGAUACAAGUUCAUGGGUUCAUUUUGAUUCUGACCAAGAAUCAUCAACAUCAGAAGGAAAGGUUGUUCCGAAUUCAGCUGUAGAAAAAGCCUCAAUUUACGAGCCAAAUUUGACUCUAAAAUCUUCAGCAAGUAAGGUCAACCCUGAACCAAUGACCGUGGAUGUCCUAAUGGUGACAGCUCCAUUUUCAAAUGGGCAUUCUGGUGAACAUCAGAAAUAUGUUACAAAUGAUAACCAAAGCCUUUCAGAGAAGCCCAACAUGCUUUCCUCACCUUCUGUCCAUCUUCAACGACUUGCAAUGCUUGCUGAAGGUGUAUCUUCAACAAAUGCCCCAACUUCUGCUGGUAGUAUCCAUCAUCAGAUGAAUGUAAAUGGAAAUGGUGCAGUAGGCACAAUAGGAACUCAGAUGCCGGUGCAAAAUUCCCAAGCUGUGAAUUUGGCAAUGAAUUCUACUCCAUACACGAUGUCCAGCUUGUAUACACCUGCAAUUCCAUUAAGAAGGGUUUCAACUGCCCCAUCUAGGAGGCCUCCUGCAGCAUUGCCAGUAUCAGGAUACGACUAUGACUUCUCGUUCUUAACCCAAGGGAUGUUCACAAAGCGAUAGAAACGCUCCGAGCUCCAUAUUUGUCAUUAAGUAGAGCUGAUGUACAGGAAAAUAUAUUGCUUGUUUGAUUGAUUCAAUAAGUUAGGUCAUAUUGCUUGUAAAAUGUAACUCUCUUUAUUUGGAUAUACUGCAUGUACACACAUCAAUAGCAUUCUUUUGGGGACAGUUGAUACUUAGGGGAAAUUUUGUUAGUGGAUUAGGCUUUUUUGCUACUUAAUAAAUCUAUUUUCUUAAAGAUUAUAAUUACAUCAUAAACCGCGGAUUUAGAUAAGUUAAUCUCAUU